UUGUAAUUCCCGCAGUCCCCGCCGCGGCCGGGAGGUGGCGCUGCCGCAGGCAGCCGGGGGGCGUGGUCUCGUAGCGUGACGUCACGGGGGCGGGGUUUGCUGGCGCGCGCCCGCGGGUUCAUUGAUAAGGAGGAGGCGGGAGCGACGGGGCGGCCCUGGGGGGAGCCUGGGGGCUCCGCGGCGGGGACAGAUGCAAAAGGAUUUCCUCCGGAGCAGGAAAAACCUUUCUUUUACUUUGUUUGGCAUCAUCUGCUCCUUGCAUGAAUGGUGUGACUCCACUGCUGAGGUUUCCCCGGGUGAUGAAGAGGAGUGGGAUGCACUGGUGGCUUGUCACCAUUCUGGGGGUGCUGAGCGGACCCGCCCAGGGCGCCGGGAGCUGCAGCGCCCCGGAGCAGGGCGCAGCGGGCUGCCCGCCCGGAGAGGAGCCCGCCGGGGAUGCAGCGGGGACGUGCCGGGCGUGUCCCCCCGGCACCUUCUCGCUGGGGGCCGCGUCCUGCGCCGCUCACACGCAGUGCCGGGCCGGGAACAGGGUCCUGCUGGCCGCGGGGACGGCGGCGAGCGACAGCCGCUGCGGAGCCUGCCUGCCGGGGUUUCACAGCCCCGGAGGGGACAGGGAGCCCCGGGGCCGGUGCCUGCCCUGCGCCGCUGCUCCCCGCGGCACCCCGGGGUGCCCAGGACGGCGGCGAGCCCGCAGCCCCGAAAUGCCGGGCUGGGCACCGGGAACCAACGGGACACGUGUGACCCUGUUGGGUGAGGAAGAGGAGGAGGCAGCAGCAGCACAGGCAGGCGUACUGACCAUCGUCCCGGUCUUCUGUGCCAUGGGAUUGUUGGGAAUCCUGGUCUGCAACCUGCUGAAGAAGAAGGGUUAUCACUGCACCACCAGCAAGGAGCCCCAGAUCGGCAGCACCGGUGCCAGCUCCAUCUACCAGCUGGAGGAUGCUAACGAGGAUACCAUCGGGGUUCUGGUGCGGCUGAUCACCGAGAAAAAAGAAAAUGCAGCGGCGCUGGAGGAGCUGCUGAAGGAGCACCAGAGGCAGCAGCUGAUGCCACCGAGCUGUGCCCCCCUCAAUAAGCUGCACCUUCUGCCUCAGUUUCCCCCCACCUGCCACCACCAGCAGCACCUGCACACGGUGCAGGGACCGGCCCCAUGUGCCCGCUGCAGCCAGAAGUGGCCCGAAGUGUUGCCAUCACUCAGUGCCACCAAAGUCCCCAAGCCCGGGGCUCAUCCCAGUGAGGUGACCAUCCUCUCUAUUGGCAGGUUUCGGGUGUCCCGGAUCCCUGAGGUGAGGAGCGAGGCAGGGGGGGAGCCCCUCCGUGGUCCCCUCCCCGCCGGCAGCGGGAUGUGACCCCAUGAUGGAGCAGCACCAAGGGCCCCCACGAGCAGGCACCUGGCCUGGGGGCUGCCUCAGGGGUCAGUGACACCCAGAAAGGCCCUGUGGAGGACACUGGGCAUUGUGUGAAAGCCAGUCCCACUUAGAGCUGCGAAGUGCUGGAGGUGUCAGCUCAGCUUCUGCACCUGCCACCAAGGUGUCCAAGAGCAGCACAGCAAACCCAGCGUUUCGCUUAGCUGGUGAGGAGGAUUCUGUCUCUGAGGCCUGAUGGUGGCCAUGGCAUGGUGGCCUCAUAGAUAGUCCGGGAGCUGCGAUGCCGGUGGUGAUGGCCACAGGAAUCAUAAUCUCUGGGAACCAUGAUGCCACAACACAGUUCCACUGGAAGCACAGAGGACACUGGAUACCAUUUCAUGGUCACCUUCUGGGUCUUCUGUUGAACUCUCCAGGACCAUCAUGAAUUCCUGAUUUCCCUCCAUCACCUGGUGCCAGCGCUUAGCAUUGCAGGAGAAUGAAUGACUGGAUCACGGAGUGACUCCCCCCUUCCCAACAGCCCAGCUGGGGCAUGGAUUGCUCUGAGCAAAGCUGGUCUCCUCCAUCCAUCCACCCUCUCUCCAAAGUCUCAGUUCAGGACCACGCGGUGGUGAUGCUCACCAUGCAGAUGACACAUUUCACUUUCCUUAGGAAUUGCUUCAAUGGUAUCACACUGUCUUGGCCAUGUUGGGAUCACUGGGAUAACCCACCCAAGGUUGGGUUGGAGACCAUCAGCCUCAACCAUCAACCCAAAAAAGGGUUCAUGGCUGGUCCCAUUCACCUCUCCACGACAUCACCGUGCCAAAAAACCAACCACCAAACCCUCUCGGGCUCUUUUAUUUAUUUAUUUAAUUUUUUGGGAAACAUUUUAAUAGUUAUCGAAUGUUCUACAUCUUACAGUAAAUAUCGUACAGUUACAAA